CUAAACUCUAAGUCGGGUGUAACCUCCUGAUUGCAUUGGCCGGCGACGCAUUUCACAGGGUCGAGGAGCCGCAUGCGGGGUGAUGCUAUCUUACCCCUCGUUUACAGUUGAACUUUAAAUCCUUCAUUGCGAACUCACGACAUCGGUUCAAUGGGGAAACUCGCCUGCAAACUAUGUUCCCUUCACGCCGUCACCAUGGAAGGGCUGAUGCUGCAUAUCGCGUCGAAAUCCGAUCACUGUUCAUUCGACGAAGAUGUCUGUGAUUGCGAUGGCUGCAACCCAUUAAUGAGCCAAUAUGACGACAAUGACCCCCGACGGAGGUUUUCCUACAAGGAGGAUCCACCCAGGAGCCGGGACUGCGCUCUCUGCGGGCCAGUAUUCUGCUGCACUCUGGCAUGGAAACGACUGCAUACGAGAGACGACCCGCACAAGGAAUUUGCGGAGCUGAUAGGAUAUUAUUGCUCAAGCUCAGAAAAGCACUUCUUCACCAAGGCUUCAUGGGAAUACCACUGCGAAACAUUGCACCCGAGUAACGUCGAUUACUAUUGCAUCGAUUGCGAUCAGGAAUUCCCUACACAGUGUGCGCUCAAUUACCAUCCCAGAAACGACGCUGUCCAUGGGAAGCGAGUCUCUACUGUUUCGUGCGAGCCCUGUGGUCAAUUGUUCCAAACAACCGGAGCAUUGGAGGUGCACAAAAAGUCUAAGUUGCAUAAGAAGAAUACGUAUACAGUCGUAUGCUUAGCUUUUCCAAAGUGCCAACGAAAAUUCCUGAAUAAGGGUAGCAUGUUAUCGCACCUCGAGAGCGGCGGUUGUGCCUCCAAAACCAAUCGGUACAAAAUCGACGACGUAAUUCGACAUCACGACACCAGUAGCGUGGUUCUCAAGGUCCAAUAUAGCGCCCCCCAAAGCCAGCAGAUGAGACAGUCCGCCAUCUCUACCCCCACUGGGAGUUGUGGAGAAAUCCGGAGGGAAUACGUUGCUCUUGAGCCCUGGGAUGUGGAUUCUGACGACGAACUAAUCAUCGCGACCCCGGCCACAUGUCGUUCUCGCCGUGACAGCUUCAGUUCCGACAUUCUUCCGAUCCUAGUGGAAUCGCUCUCGGAGUUACCCACGUCCAAUAUCUCUGGCUCCUCGACGCCGUCAGCAACACUCUCCGGACCAUUCACCCUUGAUUACUCCAACUUCUCGACGCCGUCUGAAACAAUCUACGGACAGUCUACGUCCAAAUCCUCCGGCUCCUUGACGCCGUCCGCAACACGCUCGGGACGAUCCACGCCCCAGUUCUCCGGCUAUUCCACCCCCCGUUCCGGCUCAGGCUUUUCCACCCCGUCUGCAACUGCCUCCGGACAGUCAAUAUCUGAUUUCCCCGGCAUCUUCACGCCACCGGCAACAGAAGCAACGUCCAGUUCCUCCGGCAUCUGGACGCCGCCCGGAACACUAUCGGGCCGAUACACGCCCCCGCUCUCCGGCUUUUCCACACCGCGUUCCGGCUCUAUAUACGGCGGCCAGAGCAUCAACGAGUUGGACUUCUCCAUCUGUCUCGGCCAAGUGUGCCACAUCUGCCACAAAAAGUUUCCAUCGCCGAAAGCUCUGGAAACCCAUCUCAUGGGGCUUGCACACGCGCCGAGGAUCUACAAGUGCCCUACGUCGCUGUUUUCAUUGCUGGGGCAGGGAGGAGAGAAUAUGAGGGACUUCAAGUCUUUGAGUGGGCUGGUAAUGCACCUGGAGAGCGGGGCGUGCAAUGGUGGCUCGGAGAGGCUGAGCAUGGCUAUUGCGUAUGUUGAGGAGAAGCUCAAGGGGAAUGGGGCGGGGGGAGUAAGGCUCCUGAUGUGAGCUAUUUUGGACGGUGUGAUGCCUUCAUUUGUUGCCUCCGGUGAUUGUUUUUUCUUGAUUUAUCAUAGCGAGCGUAUGUAUUUAGUUAGGAUCUCAUAGCAUGUUUUCAUUUUGGCCUCAUCUUUCAAUGUUUUUUCUCAUUACAUUCAUUUAGUUUUCGGUCCAGCAUUCCCACUUCCCAAGGGGUUUCCAUAUAAUUUUGGCGCAAUUUCUUUUUACAAAUCCUUCCUACACAGAUAGAGAGGAUGUCUUGCUAGCGCCGGUGUGGAUUUUGCAUACCAGGUAUUAUAGAAGGAGUCUGAAGGAGGCCGGUCAUUGAAGAUGGGAUGUCGUGACUCGUGGGUUGGUCCUAAAUGGAUGAUCAUUUACUCUGCA